UGCCCAGCUUCAUGUCACGUGACCACCCCUCAGCGCAGUGCCUGCGGGUUCCAGGAAGAUGGCGAAGGUCUCAGAACUCUACGAUGUCACUUGGGAAGAAAUGAGAGAUAAAAUGAGAAAAUGGAGAGAAGAAAACUCAAGAAAUAGUGAGCAAAUUGUGGAAGUUGGAGAAGAAUUGAUUAAUGAGUAUGCCUCUAAGCUUGGAGAUGAUAUUUGGAUCAUAUAUGAGCAGGUCAUGAUUGCAGCCCUAGAUUAUGGUCGGGAUGACUUGGCAUUGUUUUGUCUUCAGGAGUUAAGAAGGCAGUUUCCUGGCAGCCAUAGAGUCAAGCGAUUAACAGGCAUGAGAUUUGAAGCCAUGGAACGGUAUGAUGAUGCUAUACAGUUGUAUGAUCGAAUUUUGCAAGAAGAUCCAACUAACACUGCUGCAAGAAAGCGUAAGAUUGCCAUUCGCAAAGCCCAGGGGAAAAAUGUGGAGGCCAUUCGGGAGCUGAAUGAGUAUCUGGAGCAAUUUGUUGGCGACCAAGAAGCCUGGCAUGAGCUUGCAGAACUUUAUAUCAAUGAACAUGACUACGCAAAAGCAGCCUUCUGUCUGGAGGAGCUCAUGAUGACCAAUCCCCACAACCACCUGUAUUGCCAGCAGUACGCGGAGGUUAAAUAUACCCAAGGUGGACUUGAAAACCUCGAACUCUCAAGAAAGUAUUUUGCACAGGCAUUGAAACUGAACAACAGAAAUAUGAGAGCUUUGUUCGGGCUUCACAUGUCUGCAAGUCAUAUUGCAUCUAAUCCAAAAGCAAGUGCCAAAAUGAAGAAGGAUAACAUGAAGUAUGCAAGUUGGGCAGCUAAUCAGAUCAACAGAGCUUACCAGUUUGCAGGUCGAAGUAAGAAGGAAACCAAAUACUCUCUUAAGGCAGUUGAAGACAUGUUGGAAACAUUGCAGAUCACCCAGUCUUAAAGCUUCAGAAACUUUGACAUAGAUGUCACAACUGCACAGUUGAACUUGCCUGCCUGUAACUUACUAAAUGCUCAGAACUAUUUCUACUCUAACUUGUGUGAAGAUGGAAGUUGUAAAGAAUGUGUUUACGUCAACUGAAAAUGCCUUUUACUGCUAAGCAAGAAGAUGGGGGAAGCCGAGGAAGAACGAUGUAAGAUCUACGAUUGUGCUCCGAUCUCUUUGUACCACUUGUCCUACAUAACUGCUCUCAACCACAGUCCUGUGUAGAAAUGACCUUGUUAAAUAAACCACUGAUUUAUCAGA